UGAUUUGGUGAAUGUCGUUAGAAAUUUAAACUUCUCGGAGACUGGCAUAUCUGCAUUAUCGCACGUGCAAACGGUAAUGUAACUAGCUAUUGGCUGCGUUGGUGGUUAAACUGGUUUGAACGGUUAAAAAGGUGCAUCAAGUUGCGGAGAUCAACCAGGGUAUUGUCCGUUCAAUUAUUGCUUCAAUCCAAGAUGAAACGUACGGUGGGCGUGGCUCCCUAUUUUCGUUUGGACUAGCUAACUAACCUCCGCAGCAGCAAAAUCAGGUGAGGCUGCACUCAUUCACCACAAAAAUUCUGAUGAGGAUGACUAAAACUCCAGUGACCACAGUUCGAGCCCGAGGAGCAAGGGGGAUAUGAACCACAGUUGCUCAAACGCGUCGGAGGAGCUAGUGUUGUCGGCGAACGGGAAGACAGACUCCACAAAACAUGCUGCUGAUUUCCCCUCACAUUGCGAAACCGUACACGAAAAUGUUACACAACUGGUGGUCACAUGUGAAUCGAGCCGAAUUGAAUUGGAGGCCAUGAGGAUUAGCGGACUCUCGGUUGGAUCUCAUCCCGACGAGGAGUCGAUUUGCUCGGACAGUGGGUUCGGAGGCUCCCCCGCGUCUCUUCUCCUCAGAAAACUGUCAAACGCCUCGUCUGUGUUGUCACCAGCCUCGUCUUUUGAAGAAAAUGAGGACGACCGCGGCUGUCCUGAUGAGGUCCCCCGGAGUGUCACAUGGAAGAAACCCAGAAGCACAGGGACCUCGUCUCCCCUCUCAGUGCCCCCCAAGAAGCCACAGCCCUGGGUGCAAGUAGUCGGACAUGCAGGGAGCUUCCAUGCAGGGGACUAUGGGAUGCUGCUGAAGCGCUACACUGAGGGAGAGCAAAAGUGCCUGCAGAGGCUAAUGGAGGACUCUCUGAGACCCUUUGUGCCAGGCUACCAUGGAGUGGUGCAGCGGGCCGAGCAGGACUACAACAUGAUGGACGACCUGCUCACACACUUCAACUCCCCUGCAAUCAUGGAUUGCAAGAUGGGCACCCGGACAUACUUGGAAGAGGAGCUGGCGAAGGCUCGGGAGAGGCCCCAGCCUCGUCAGGACAUGUAUGAGAAGAUGGUGGACGUGGACCCAGAGGCCCCCACUGCAGAGGAGCGAGCCCUACAGGCAGUACUCAAGACCAGAUACAUGCAGUGGAGAGAGACCCUAAGCUCCACCACCACUCUGGGCUUCCGCAUCGAGGGACUCAAGAAGGCUGAUGGUGUAUGCAACACAAACUUUAAAAGGACCAAGAGCAGAGAAGAGGUGAUGCAGGCACUGCAGGACUUUGUGGGUUGCAACACCCUAAUUCUGAAGGGAUAUCUGAGACGAAUGAAGGAUCUUCGACUGGUGUUGGAGGCAUCCAUCUUCUUCAGAACACAUGAGGUGGUGGGCAGCUCCCUACUAUUUGUGCAUGACAGUACAGGGAAGACAGGAGUAUGGAUGAUUGAUUUUGGGAGGACUGUCCCCCUGCCGCCGCCUCUCACCCUGGACCACCGCACCCCCUGGAUAGAGGGCAACCGAGAGGAUGGGUACCUGUGGGGGCUGGAUAACCUCAUUGAUGUCCUGACCGAUAUGCUGCAUCUCACCUGAACUGAACCUCACAAUUGAAUGACUGACACAGGACCUCAUCCCAACCAAAACACCCUUUCCCACCUGAACCAAAUCCGAAUGGCCAUUUCAGCUUUUACCUGAGAGUUUUGACAAACGAGAGAUUGUUCACAUAUUGGACUCGGAUUCUGUGUUUAGGGGGUACUGGACUACCGUCUGUGGCUAUAAUGAAGGCAAUGGGAGAGGAACAGAGGUGUAUGUGGUGGACAAAGGAAAAUAGUAGCACUAGUUCCUCAGAAGAACUAUACAACAGCAAUGCAAAAUGAAACACUGCCCUUUUAUCAUCUUCCACAUAAUCCCCCCCAAACAAAUUCCGCCAUUUUGUUCUAUUACAAUUGUACUUAAUAAUCAUCAGCUCUAAGUGUUUCUUACUCCAGGUUUGAGGGCUGUAGGACCUAAACAAUUAAUGUUGAUACUAUACUAUUAUGCUCCACAUAAUGGAGUGGCCCUUAAUAUUAAUAGAGGACUCAUAAAACCUAGUAAAACCUCUGAGAACUGUGUUAAUGAACACUGCCUUCAAGUUUGUUUAUUAGUCAUAUACUCAUGAUAUACAGUGCAUUCGGGAAGUAUGCAGGCCCCUUGACCUUUUUCCACAUUCUGUUACAUUACAGCCUAUUUCUAAAGUGGAUUAAAUAUU